CAUUUUGCCCUCACACCCCCCUUUGCAAAGUCAACCAAACUGUUGUUUUAGCCACGCCCCCUUGGAAUCCACACAGUCGACGGACGGCUCGGUCUAGCCAAUCAGAUCCGCGUAUGCAGAGACAAUGAUCUCUCUCCACCAAUCACAGACACCGAGGGGGCGGAAGUACCACAGAGAUGAAGUUUGACGCGUUUAUUUGGCUCCCAGUGCUAGACCACUGAGUCAACGGAGCGCUUUCACUGGGUACCAGUAGGCUUGUGUCGGGUAUUAAGACCGUGGAGGCGUUCAAGAGCUUAUCAGCAAUGGUGCCAUCCCGCUUUUGAAGUUUUCCAAAGGAUGCAUGCAACACGUAGCCCUUCAUCCAUCGCGACAGGUGUUUCAGGAGAUGCCUUGGACCUCAGCUUGUCCGGCUCCCAGCUUUCCAUGUCCAAAAGACCCAGCAGUGCGUCACCUGGGAAACUCUUCUCUCGGUCCGUAUCGGUGUCUGUGGCGGGCGACAGCAGAGGAAAACGCAACACCCUGAGUGAUGCCAGCUUUGGUAGCUCCCGCUCCAUCAAGAACCUCAGGCGGUCCAACAGCACCACGCAGGUUAAUCAGCAGGCCAACAUCAGUUCAAGUCAGGACCAGAGUGAGGACUACCUGGCCCUGUUCGACAGCAGCUCAGAUGGACGCAAGAAACUGGCCAGCCUCAGCAAAGCCUCACCAGACAGAACCACAUGGAACAUCCUGGACGAUCAGCCCAGAGCUUUCUCUCUGCACUCGAGCUCCCGCAGCACCGGCAGCGUGGACUCUCCCACCGGCCUGAAGAAAAGAGAGCCUGGCAUCGCUCUGGCUGCCACCUUCACCGCCAACAACAGGAGCAACAAGGGAGCUGUGGGGAACUCUGUCACCACCAUCUUACACAACAACUACUCUGAGAAACCACUCACGCCCAAGAGCUCCAACCAGAGGCCGUCAUUUAACAACAUCCUGAAGGCCACAGCAAACGACGAGGUGUCACAAGACAACAGCUCCCUGACAAAGUCCCAGAAGAAUUUCUCUUCGGCUUCCUCCAGCUCCAACAACAGAUCUCCGGUGUCGGCUCAGCGCGGCAGCCCCGUCCCGUCUAGAAGGAGGGAGGUCACCGAGGAGGAGGCCGAGAGGUUUAUUCAGCAGGUGAACCAGGCGGCAGUCACCAUCCAGCGCUGGUACAGACGCCAUACCAAGAGACAGCACACUAACCAGGCGGCACUCAAACGCAUCCUCGCCAGUAAAAGAAAGGAGUGGGAGGAGAGAACGGAGGAGGACAGUCGCCCGGAGCAGCAGCAGCAGAAAAAGGACGAGGACAGGAAAAGGAUUCGUGAGGAGAAAGCUCGCCAGGCCCGUCUGGCUGCCAUCCAGGAGCUGCAGCAGAAGAGAGCUAAGCGGGCUGCAGAGGCUCAGCAUGCAACAGAGGUGGAGCUGGAGAGUCUGAGGCCGACUGGUGUGGCUGGACGCAAGAAGCCGCCCAAGAUUUCUCCCACCAACAAAGGUCCAGCAUCACCGGGCAACAACAGCCCGAUGUCCCCCACUGAUGUGAAAGCUAAGAACACAGACUCCAAUUUGAACGUAACGGCUGACUUAAUUGAGCUGAGCUUCAGGGCCAUUUCCCCAGCUUCGUCCAAUCACAGAGGCUCUCAGUGUUCUCAGCAUCAGGAGGACAGAGUCGAGGUAGACGUCUGUCUGGUGCAGCAGCAUCAGCAGAACGACAGGAAAUUGAUUCGUAAAGAGAAAGCCCGUCUGGCCCGCCUCGCUGCCACCCAGGUGAACACACCCGAGGAGCUGCAGCAGAAAAGAGUCCAGCGGUCUGCAGAGGGUCAGCAUGCAGCUGAGGUGGAGGUGGAGAGUCUGAGACAAACAGGUGUGGUAGGACGCAGGAAGCAGCCCAAGAUUUCUCUCACCAACAAAGGUCCAGCCUCACCGGGCAACAACAGCCGGACGUCAUCCACUGAUGUGAAAGCUAAGAACACAGACUCCAAUCUGAAUGUUGCUGCUGAGUUCGGCGAGCUCUCCAGCUUCAGAGCCGUUUCCCCAGCUCUGUCCAAUUGCAGAGGUUCCCAGUGUUCCCAGGAGAUCCUGCAGAGGUCGGUGAGUGUGGAGGACCAGCGGCAGGGCGCUUUGUCCAGCAGGGCUCCGUCUAAAACCACCCUCAACGAGCUGCUGGACACCCUGAAGCUGCUGGAGGAGGAGCCACAGCGGCUGUCAGAGCCAAAGUGCUACAGCAAAGACAAAUACGCCUGGAUAGAUGAGGACGGAGACUCCACCUCUCUGACCACGGACAACCUGGAGCGUCACGGCCAGCUGAGCCACCAUCCCGCGCUGCCGGACGGGGGCGCCCUGCUCUCCGAGGCCAAGCUGCAGAGCAUCAUGAGCUUCCUGGACGAGAUGGAGAAGUCUGAACAGGAGAGGCCGCGCUCGGUGACCUCGGGGUCGCACAGAGAGGCCGUGUUGUCGGAGGAGGAGCUGGUUGGCGUCGAGCAGGCGUCUGCCACCGCCGCCGAAGUCUCCGGCUCCAUGAUGAGAAUCAAGCUGGAGCUGGAGGAGAAGAAACGCACAGUCAACAUGCUGCAGACCGCACUGAGCCAGCAGAGAGAGCUCACUGUCAGACACGUGAAGGAGACCGAGAAGGAGCUGAGCAGAAACUUCCAGCUCCAGAGGGAACAAUAUGAAGCCACCAUCCAGAGACACCUCACCUUCAUUGAUCAGCUGAUCAACGAUAAAAAGCUGUUGAGUGAGCGCUGUGAAGGAGUGGUGGGAGAACUGAAGCAGGUGGACCAAAAGUACACCAAGAAGAUUGCACAGAUGCAGGAGCAACAUGAAAUGGAAAUCAAGAAGUUAAAAGAGCUCAUGAGCGCCACGGAGAAGAUCCGCCGGGAGAAAUGGAUCGACGAGAAAACCAAGAAGAUCAAAGAGAUCACUGUUAAAGGUCUGGAGCCAGAGAUCCAGAAGCUGAUCUCCAAGCACAAACAGGAGCUGAAGAAGCUGCGGACGCUCCACGAGGCGGAGCUGCUGCAGGCAGACGACCGGGCGGCGCAGCGCUACGUCCGCCAGUGUGAGGAGCUCCGCCAACAGCUGGAGAGGGAGAAGGAGGAGCAGUGCCAGAGAGAGAGGGAGCUAUCCAAACAGAGAUACGAGAAGCAGCUUCAGGAGGAGGAGCUGUCGCUGCAGCAACAGAGGAGGCGUCUCUACAAGGAGGUUUCCGACGAGAAAGAGAGGCUGGCUCAGCUGGCUGCAAGGCAGCGGGCCGAGCUGGAGGAUCUGCGGAGGCAGCUGGAGGAGAACAGCUCUCUGGCUGGGAGGGCCCUCCGAGAAGAGCUGGACAAGACCCGAGAGGAGCAGGAGAGGAGGCACCAGGUGGAGAUGAAGGCAUUACAAGAACGUUUGGACAUUGAAAAGCAGACGUGGGAAGAAAACUACAAGAAAAAAGAGGAAGCGUGGCUGCUGAGCCGCGAGCGAGAGCUGAAAGAAGAACUGCGACGAGGACGCGACAAGGAGAUCGAGCUCGCCAUCUGGACGCUGGAGGAGGAGACCAGCAAGGACAAGGAGGAGUGUGAGAGGGCAGCUGACAACAGGGUGAAGCGUGUGAGGGAGAAGUACGAGGCCGAGCUGAAGGAGCUGGAGCGCUCUGAGAGGGCGGCUGUGGAGAAGCAACAAGAGCUGAGGAGGCAGCAGAUGGAGGCGGAGGGAGAGCUGAUCCGACUGCAGGCCGUCCUCCGACAGAAGGAACAGGAGACCGAAGACGUCACUCAGACCAGGGACAAGCUGGUGGACGAGCGCCGCAGCCUGGCGGAGGUGAUACGGCAGGAGUUCGCCGACCGGCUGGUGAUGACUGAGGAGGAGAACCGCAGGAUGAAAGUGGAGGUGUCAGAAGUCAGAGCGAGGCUCCGGCUGGAGGUGGAGAGGGUCACCAGGGAGAAGGAGGAGGAACUGGCUGAAGUCCACCAACGAGUGAAGUCGGCCAUCUUGAAGAAGGAGGAAACUGUCAGUCAUCUCCGGAAGCAGCACGAGGCUGCCCUGAAGAGGGCGGAUCACCUGGAGGCCCUGUGGGAGCAGCAGAGGAAGCAGCUGCUGGGGAAGUGACUGACCGGAGGGCUCUAUCCGUCUGGACCCCCCCCCCCCUCUUUUCUGAGCUCUAUCCGUUGUGUCGCUGAAGCCACCACCUGAUUUCAGAUUUUUUUUCUUUGGAUGUUGUUCCCCGCCAGCAAGACUGAACCUGUGGAGCGUCUGAAGGUUGAACAAGUGACUGAACCUUGUCCUACCUCAUUUCAUUUGAAAAACACAAAGUGGAGAAAUGCACUGGGCCUCACUGUAAAGCCCCCCCAUGUUGUGUUGGAACUUCCCUCAUUUGAAUGCCACAGACCAGGUGUCACCGAUUCUUCUUCUUUCCUUUCCCGAGGAGGACUGCUUCAUUUUUUUGUGACUGUACACCCCCGCCCCCCCUUUUCCUCUGGAGCAGGAAUGCCUCCAUGUUCCCCACAGAGCUGCCACGGAGAACGGUUCCAGAUGUUUCUAAAAACCUGCACUGGUGUUACGUGGGAGGAGGUGGGGAUAGGUAUGGGGAGGAGGGUUGCUCUUUCUGGAGGACCACUCACAACCAAGAACUGGGAUCAGUCAGCAUGAGAGCUACAGCAUUAGCUUCUGUUGGCACCAAGUGGAGCUCCUGGUGCCCUUCUUUUAUCUGCUGAGUCAUGUGUUUUGUCCCAGUGCCCCCUCAAGGCGAGUGCUAAUUACAGGAUCUAUAACCUCUCCCUCACUGCAGCCCCGUGUCUCGCUCUGAACAGGUUAAGUGUCUUAAACCGAACCGUUAAGAUACAAGAAAGAAGUACUAACCCCUCGUUUACAGGCUGAAGUUAGAACGCGUGUAGGAUGUUGCUAGAAAGAGCCACUGGAUGAGUGGACAACUUUUAAGAAAAGGAAAAAGGACCAGGGAAGAAAAACGGGACGUCUGAUGACACGUUUGAGGUCAAGGACAGAUGAUUGCAGGUUUUGAAAAGUUUCUGAAUGUGAGGAAGAAAGGAGGAGAGAGGAUUGGAGGGGGGAGGAAGGAGGAAGGAGGAAGGAGGAAGGAAUGCGCAUAGAAAAUGUUUAUAGGAUUAGGAAGGCAGAGCCGGGACAGAGCAAGGUGGUAGGAGGGUCUGAGGGCGCACGAGGCAUGUGACCAGAGGUAUGUUUCACCGCUCUGCUUCAGAAGCUGCACUGUGACAAAACACACCAAACACACACACACACACACACACACAUGUAAACUAUCUGUGUUUGGAUGUUUAGUAUUUCUCUCGGGAGCCUCCUGCUCUCUGCACUUGUGUAUUUCAUUGAGUUUGCUUCUUUUCUAAAUUCUUAACCCUGACAUUGGUUUAUGAUGUGUGGAAGCCUCUCACUAAAGGUCUUUGUGGAUAAGAUUUCAGUGGGUCCAUAGUCCCUAGCAUUAGAUUUAGUGGGGGUGGAGGGUUCCGCAGAGAGAAACUCUAAACCUGGAAGUGAAGCCUGUUAUUUAGGUGCAAACAUGAUGUGAAAAGACCACAAGGCCCCAAAUUAGACCUCACAUUUAUAAAAUAUUUAUUCAGUUCAUCUUUUCUUUAUUUAUUUCCCAUCUUAGCGCUCUUACACAACCUUUUGUAGUGUAAUUGGUCCACAGAAAGGCCAAGCAUUUGAAGUAUUCUUCUCUGAAAGCUAGUCGGCCCAUCAGGUGUUUUUACUGUUACUCAGCAGAACGUCUGAGCGCCACGCUGAAACCUUAUAACUAUGCCAUUUGUAGAUGGUUUAAAUACAGUACGUCAGGUUUUUUCUGACAAUGGAAGUUGUCCAAGCCACAAUGUAAAGGGUUCACAUGAAGUGUAACGUAGUAAAAAGGGUAGGAGUAGUGCAGCUUUAUGGGUAAUGUGGUUUCUGACCCGAGGCAAUAAAUCAGAGUGAUUGUCACAUCGGCCAAAUCAAUUCCAAGCCUAGUAACGGAGCAGAAAUAAAACAAAAAAUAACCCAGAAUGGAGGUCGGUCAGCGAGACGGGAGGUGGUUGAUGUGUGUCACACGUCGCUGUGAGUUUCACGCCCCGCUGACUGAGAUCCACUUUGAGUCACGAGGACUUUGGUGUGGAGGCCCGAAGGCCUGGAAGCGACCACAGUUUGCUCUGCCGCUGUUGGCACAGCCGGCGGUGGCGAUGCGAGCUGGCAUUCCUCGCGCAUGCCCGUCCUACAAGUGCCAACGCGCCUUGCCUUUGUGUGCAUGUGUGUGUUUGUGUGCCAGCGUUCCUCCCGUUUUGACCUGAGAUGACCCUUGUGGUGUCAGAUACACACUCACACGCGCACAAGUUUUUUUUAUUUUUACUCAUUUGUAACUUUGUAUACAAACCAUUCCAUUCAACUGUUAUUGUUAUGAUUUUGAUCCAUUUCUACAUGUAUAGCCCUCUGUGCCCGAACACGAAGCUCUUGAACACACUGUUUUGUUUUUUUAAAAUCUUGUUUUAGUUUAGUUUUGAUUGUUAAUCGUGGUGAUGAUGAUGGUUUUUAGAAAACUGUGAAGAAGAUGGUGAUCUAUCCGCAAAAAGAGAAAUAAAAAAA